AUGGACAAGGAUAAGCUUGUGCAGCUGCUGCAGGCCAGCCAAGUUCCCGACACGGAACAGGUCAAGGCCGUCACAGCCGAUCUCCAAAAGAACUACUACUCGAAGCCCGAGUGCCUGCUGCUCCUCGUCGAGAUUUCGCUCACUCAUGGCGACGCUCCCAUCCGACAGCUGGCCUCUGUUCAGGCCUCCCGCAUAGCUGUGAAGCAUUGGGACAAUGUUCCCGAUGAUAAGAAGUCGAUGUGCCGCACCCAUCUGCUUGAAGGCUCUCUCAAGGAGUCUUCUGCGGCCACCCGACACUCUCUGGCUCGCUUGAUUGCUGACCUCGUCACUCUCGACAUGGAGAACCAGCAAGGCGAGGAGUUCCUCCAGCAGAUCAUUCCCCUGAACAACCACGAUAACGUCGUGGCCCGCGAGGUUGGCUCUUACCUCGUCUAUGCCAUGCUUGAGAACAACCCCAUUCUCUUCACCGAUCACACGCAUCAGCUUCUCCAGUUGUUCCACUCUCGCAUCGAGGACCCGGAAAGCAAGGAUGUUCGCAUCAACAUCGUCCGCGGCAUCGGCGCUAUUCUCAGCAACAUCAUCCCUGAGGAGGACCCCAAAUCUGUUGAGGCUGUCGCCAGCUUCAUCCCCAACAUGGUCAGCAUCCUCAAGGCUACUGUUGAGGCCGAGGAUGAGGAGAAUUACAAGGUUGUUUUCGACGUUUUCCAUAGCUUCAUUGCUUUCGACUCUGCCCUCUUUGGCUCUCACCUCCAGGACCUCCUUCAGUUCAUGAUGGACCUGGCUGGCAACAAGCAGGCUGAGGAGGACGCUCGCUCGCAGGCCGUUGCUUUCCUCAUUCAGACCGUUCGCUUCCGCCCUCGCAAGCUGCAAGCUAUGAACGACGUUCCCUCGAGAAUGAUGGUUGGUGCCAUGCACAUCGUCGCCGAGCUUGACGACGACGACGACGAUGAGGAUAUGUCCCCAGCCAGAUCCGCCAUUGGUCUUGUCGAAGAGCUUGCCAACUCUUUGCCCCCUCGCCAGGUCAUCGUUCCCCUUCUGGAACAGUUUCCCACAUUUGCUACGAGUCAGGAUCCUAGCUACAGAAUGUCUGCGAUGCUUUCUCUGGGAAACGCUGCCGCCGGUGCCCCUGAUUUCAUCUCUACCCAGCUUGAGCCGCUCCUGCCUGCCAUUGUUAACCUCCUUCUUGACAACGAGCUGAAGGUCCGCCACGCUGCCCUUGUUGGACUUAUCCACCUGGCUGAGGAGAUGGUUGACGAGAUGGCUUCCCACCACGAGCAGAUUCUCUCCGCUGUGCUCAAGAACCUUGAGGCUGCUUCACAGGCUGGCAACGACAAGAAGAAUGUUGCCAUCAUCCGCUGCGCGUGCGGUGCUCUAGACACCUUCGGUGAUGGUAUCGAGAACAAGGUCAUGGCCCAAUAUGGCCCCAACCUUAUUGGUCCUAUGGUCAAGCUUCUCAGCCACGAUGACUUUGGCGUUCGUGCCGGUGCUGCCUCUGCCCUUGGUGCCAUCUCAACUUCCAUGGAAGGCGACUUCAAGCCCUACUUUGACGAGGUGAUGAAGGCUCUUGGACAGUUUGUCACGAUCAAGGAUAGCGAGGAAGAGAUGAAUCUCCGCAGUGCCACUUGUGACACCUUGGGACGCAUUGCCACUGCUGUUGGUGCCGAGGUCUUCCAGCCCUAUGUUUUGGACCUCAUGAAGGCCAGUGAGGAGGCCCUUCAUCUUGACAGCCCCAGACUCAAGGAGACAAGUUUUAUCCUCUGGUCCAGCCUUUCCAAGGUCUACCAGGAGCAGUUCAGCCACUUCCUGGACGGAGUUUUCAAUGGUCUUUUUGCCUCGCUUGACCUUGAAGAGGAGGAGAUUGAUCUUCCCGGCGUUGACGUCAGCCAACUUGGUGAAGGCUCCAUCGUCGUUGGCGGCAAGAAAAUAAAGAUCAAGGCCAACGCGAGUGAGGACGAUGUUGCUAUUGCUACUGGGGGAGCUGAUGAGGAUGACUGGGCUGACCUCGAAGACUUUGAGGAUUUCGGUGCCGUCACCGCCGUCGCCCUUGAGCAAGAAAUUGCCCUUGAUGUCCUCGGCGAUGUCAUUGCAAACUCUUGCGAUAGCAGCAACCUUGAGACAUACACUGAAAAGACAAUCGAGAAGAUUACUCCCUUCACUGAGAACACAUACGAAGGUUGCCGCAAGUCCGCCGUCUCCACCCUCUGGAGAAUCUAUACUCGAGUCUUCCAGGUCUGGGAGACCAAUGCUGGUGUCAAGUGGGAGCCUGGCAUGCCUCCUAAGCACACCCCACCUGCGUCCAUUGUCAGCAUUGGCCAGGCUCUUCAACAGGCCACUAACAACCUCUGGGCCGAAGACAGUGAACGGAGCGUCGUUACCGACAUCAACCGCAAUGUUGCUGCCGCUCUCAAGGCUUGUGGCCCUGCUGUUCUCGCCUCGAACUCGGAGAUGCUCCAGGAGAUUGUCUCUGUCAUUACCUUGAUCAUUACCCGCUCGCACCCUUGCCAGCAGGACCUUGGUGAUGAGGAGGGUGAGCAGGAGAUUGAUGCUGGCUCGUCAGAAUAUGAUUGGCUUGUUGUUGAUACUGCCCUCGAGGUCGUCACCGGCCUUGCCACUGCCCUCGGUCCCUCCUUCGCUGAACUCUGGAAGAUCUUUGAGAAGCCUAUUCUCAAGCUUUCCAGCUCUACUGAGGACCUUCACCGCUCCACUGCUACCGGCACUAUUGCCGAGGUCCUCAAGCACGCUGGCGAGGCCAUGACCCCUUUCACUGAGUCGCUUGGCCAGGCACUUGGCCGUCGUCUCACGGACCCUGAUUCUCUUGCGAAGUCGAAUGCUGCUUAUGCUAUGGGCCUUCUCGUCUACACUUCUGCCGAUACCGCCAAGACCUUCCCCUUGUACCCCCAGAUCUGGGAAAAGCUUGAGCCUCUUAUUGCUGUCCGUGAGAUGCGCCUCACUGAUAACGUUGCUGGCGCUCUCUGCCGCAUGAUGAUGAAGAAUCCGGAUGCUGGUUUCGUCAGCGAGGCCCUGCCUGCUGUCGUCAAUGCCCUGCCUCUUGAGGAGGACUACGAGGAGAAUGAGCCUAUCUACAAGUGUAUCUACACUCUGUACGAGCAGUCCAACCAGACUGUCCAGCAGCUUACUCCCCAGCUUCUUGGCGUCUUUGAGAAGGUCUUGUCACCUCCCGAGGAGCAACUUGAGCCUAGCAGCCGCGAGAUUCUGCAGCGCGCUGUUGGCAUCCUCUACAAAGCCCAGCCCGACCUCCUUUCCAAUCACCCGGGCCUUCUCCAACUGGCCGGUUUGCAGUAA